UUUCACAGAAUGGAUUUGCGCGAACAGUCACCGCCCCAUUUGCGUACACCGGAAAGCAAGCACGCCGUCCCUAUUUUGGAUAGCAGGUAGCUAGCUAACUAGCUAACGUUUUAGUUCAGAGCCCACGGAAUGGAGGGCAGUCAAAGAAUGGAGGUUGAUGGCUGGGACCCCAGUCUGGAGGAAGAACUGGGCAUUUCCCUCGACGAGCUGAAGAAGUGGAUUGAAGAGGCGGUGGAGAAGAGUGAGAUUGUGCAGACGAAAAAGGCUCAGCUGAGGGAGCUGAAGGAAUGGGUGGAGCAGAAAGAGGAGGAGGAAGCAGUGACAGAGAAGCUUCUCAAAGAUGCAAAUAAGUCUGUAGUUGAGUGCGAGAGGCUGGUUAAGGCCACGUACCAGAAGAACGGCCUCGUCUACAGAGAGAGCAGCUCAGAGGAUGACGGGGAAGCAAAGGAGUUGUCGUCCGAGGUCAUUGAAAUAGAUGAUGAUGACGACGACGAUGUCAUCGCUGUUGACUGUCUGGUUCCUCCGAAGAAGUCUCCCCAUCCUGCCAAAGAUCCAGGGUCUAAAGAUGUGUCCACAGCUCUGCAGAAAAUCACUCAGCAGGUACAGUCAUUGACCCAAAUGGUCAACAAGCCCUCAGCAGGUACUUCAUUGCUUCGAUCUCCAGGACAACCUCCGGCCCAGUCAUGUGCACCACCAGCAGUGUUUGUGUCCCAGUCUUCGUCUCAGACCGUGGCAAGGCCAAACUCAAACAUGCCAGAAGAUGAGCUCCGGAUUGGGAUGAGCAUUCUUGGAAAGAAACGCACAAAGACGUGGCACAGAGGCACACUGGUUGCUAUUAACCCCGUUGGAAAUGGUGUAUUUAAGUAUAAAGUGAAGUUUGAUAAAGGGAAGAGUCUGCUUUCUGGAAAUCAUGUGGCCUUCGACUAUAACCCCACCCUGGAAAAUCUGUAUGUUGGAGCGCGCGUUGUAGCCAAAUACAAGGAUGGAAACCUGGUAUGGCUCUAUGCUGGAAUCGUAGCGGAGAUGCCCAACAACAAGAACCGCAUGAGGUUUCUGAUAUUUUUUGAUGAUGGCUAUGCUUCAUACGUGACGCUACCUGAGCUACAUCCUAUUUGUCGAUCAUUAAAACAUACCUGGGAGGACAUCGAAGAUGCAUCGUGUCGAGACUUCAUUGAGGAGUACAUCACCGCUUAUCCCAGCAGACCUAUGGUGCUGCUGAAAGUCGGCCAGAUUAUCAAGACAGAGUGGGAGGGGACCUGGUGGAGAAGUAAAGUGGAGGAGGUGGACGGCAGCUUGGUCAAGAUCCUCUUUUUGGACGAUAAGAGGAGCGAAUGGAUCUAUCGAGGCUCAACCCGGUUGGAGCCCAUGUUCAACCUGAAGAUGACCACGGCCAACGCUCAGGAGAAGAAGCUGGCUGGACAGCAGAGGACACGACCUAACAUGGGGGCACUGAGAAGCAAGGGCCCUGUAGUCCAAUACACCAGUGAUGGACAUGUUGGAGCCUCCCCUGUCAAAUCACCGCAGGCACCCAGUCAGACGGUGCAGACACCACCACAGCAUCAACCGCAGCAGCAGCAACAGCAGCAUCAACCGCAGCAGCAGCAACAGCAGCAUCAACCGCAGCAGCAGCAGCAGCAGCAUCAACCGCAGCAGCAGCAGCAUCAACCGCAGCAGCAGCAGCAUCAACCGCAGCAGCAGCAGCAUCAACCGCAGCAGCAGCAGCAUCAACCGCAGCAUCAGCAGCAACGGCUCCAACAAGCGCAGCAGAGCCCGCAGAUCCCUCAGUCUCUGCAGUCUCCACGCAUCGACAAUAAACAUCAGAUGGCAAAGAAGAGCACAUCUCCAUUUGUCCCAGGAGUGGGAGGCACACAUGCCUCCAAGGUUUUACAGUCGCUGUCCUCCAGUCCAAGCAGCCUGCCCAGUGGAAAAACGUUGAAUGCCCCAAACACCCCUUCACCCGCUUUCACCCCGUCGUAUCAGAAACAGGUGUCCACCGUUCCUCAAACUAUGCCUCCCAUCGGCCACCCAAUGGCAACCGUCCCGCAUCAGCCCUCGUACCGUGCACCAACGGACCGCAUCUUCUACAUGACGCACACGUGUCAGCCCGCCUGUUUGAACCGUGUCCGACCUGCAAAACCAGACCGGUACCUUGGGAAGAACCCUCUGCUCACACCUUUACUCUACGAUUUCAGACGUAUGACAGGACGGCGCAAAGUCAACCGGAAGAUGUCUUUCCACGUGAUCUACAAAGCUCCAUGUGGCCUCUGCUUGCGUAACAUGGCAGAAAUCCAGCGCUACAUCUUCCAGACACGCUGUGACUUUAUAUUCCUGGAGAUGUUCUGUCUGGAUCCCUACGUACUCGUGGACCGGCACUUCCAGCCACAGAGGCCCUUCUAUUACUUUGAGGACAUCACUGGUGGAAAGGAGGACAUUCCAUUGUCCUGCGUCAAUGAGAUCGACAGCACACCCCCUCCUAAAGUAGCUUACAGUAAAGAGCGUAUUCCUGAAGAUGGAGUAUUCAUUAACACUAGUUCAGAUUUCCUGGUUGGGUGUGAUUGCACUGACGGCUGUCAAGACAAGUCCAAGUGUUCGUGUCAUCAGCUGACCCUCCAGGCUACAGCCUGUACACCAGGGGCACAGAUCAAUGCAAAUGCUGGCUAUCUGCACAAACGAUUAGAGGAGUGUCUACCCACAGGGAUCUACGAAUGUAACAAAAGGUGUAAAUGCUGUGCUAAGAUGUGCACCAACCGACUGGUGCAGCACGGGCUGCAGGUUCGUCUUCAGCUCUUUAAGACCCAGAAUAAAGGAUGGGGCAUUCGCUGUUUGGAUGAUGUGGCCAAAGGAUCUUUUGUCUGCAUCUACGCGGGAAAAAUCUUGACGGAUGACUUUGCAGACAAAGAAGGCCUUGAGAUGGGUGAUGAGUACUUUGCCAACUUGGACCAUAUAGAGAGUGUGGAGAACUUCAAGGAGGGUUAUGAGAGUGAAGCUCACUGUUCGGACAGCGAGGGCAGCGGCGUGGACCUUUCCAGGAUAAAAAUUCAGCCGUCUGCCUUAGCAUCAGCUAACUCUCUGGGGCGUCUGUCCAGAAAGGGUGAAAGUUCAAGCUCAUCAGACGACAGCAAUGAUGACGAUGACAGAGACUCUAAAAGUGAAGAUGAAAGUGAUAGUUCAGAUGAUACAUUUGUGAAGGAAAAUUACUACAGCUCCAGCUCUGUGUGGAGGAGUUACACCACACGUGGUCAGGUCAAGGGCAACAAGGAAGGGAGUCAAGACAGUAAAGAUGGACUGAGCGCAUCGGCCAGAGGAACUGAUGAUGACAAACCACCGUCCAUGCCAGAGGAGUCUGGGAAGAGCAAGGUGGCUUCCUGGCUCACCAACCAGGGAAUGAAGAAGGAAACCGGAGACAGCAAGAGUCAGGUGAAGCCAGAAAUGGGGAAGAAGCAGGAUGUGAUGACUCUGUCUGACAGUGAUGACGUUCAGACCAUCAGUUCGGGAUCCGAAGACAACAAGGAGAAGGAGAAAGCCGCCAGCGGUGUUACUAAGAAGCAGGUCGCGGUUAAAUCUACACGCGGCAUCGCCCUGAAGGGCAACCACAGCCUGAUGGUGAAAACCGGCGCAGCAGGAGCAGGGGGAGGACCGGGCGGUCAGGGGAAACCAGGACCGCAAGGACCAGCCGGAGCGGGCGGCGACAACGCUCCGAAGAACACACGCCUGUUCUUUGACGGCGAAGAGUCCUGCUACAUCAUUGAUGCCAAGUUGGAAGGCAACCUCGGACGUUACCUCAACCACAGCUGCAGCCCUAACCUUUUUGUCCAGAAUGUGUUCGUGGACACGCAUGAUUUGCGGUUUCCCUGGGUGGCGUUCUUUGCCAGCAAGCGGAUCCGCGCCGGCACGGAGCUCACCUGGGACUACAACUACGAGGUGGGCAGCGUGGAGGGGAAGGUGCUGCUCUGCUGCUGCGGCUCCACUGAGUGCAGAGGACGACUGCUGUGACCGCGCCGGAGUCAGUGUGCAAACGUGUUGCAUCACUACUGUAAUUUUAAAUGUUAGUUUGUCUUUUUUUUAGUUGACUUCUGAAUUUUAUUACAGCAGUUUGCCUCCUUUUUUUUAUUUUAGCCAUGAUACAUUUCCUUUACACCUGAAUAAAAUAUAUUCUUCAAGGA